AGAAAUCAUGAGCGGGAAGAUUAUUUUCUUCGAGGAGAGGAACUUCCAGGGCCGCUCAUAUGAGUGCGUCGGUGACUGCUCGGAAAUUGCGUCUCAUCUGAGACGAUGCAGCUCCUGCAGGGUGGAGAGCGGGAUAUUCAUGGUCUACGAGCAGCCCAACUUCAGGGGCCAACAGUACCUCCUGACCAAAGGGGAGUAUCCUGAGUAUCAGGAUACGAUUGGGUUCAACGACUGCAUUCACUCCUGCCGAAUCGUCCCUGUGCACACUGGACCCUUCAAGAUGCGGAUCUACCAGAAAACAAAUUUCGAAGGCCAAAUGUAUGAGCUGACUGACGACUGCGACUCCAUCCAGGACAGCUACAACAUGUCGGACCUGCAGUCGUGCAACGUGGUGGACGGCCACUGGCUGAUGUUCGAGCUGCCUGAAUUCGAGGGCAGGAUGCUGUAUCUGAAGCCUGGGGAGUACAAGAACCUCAGAGAAAUCAGCAACGGCAUCAGAUUCAGAUCAAUCAGACGCAUCACAGAGUCCUAACUCUCAUGGUUUCUAUUCGGCCGACGACUUUAAUGAUGACCAGUGGAAGGCAGAAAGGGGGAACCUCAUCUUUGAUCCCGAAUCUGUGAUUUUGUGCCUUUUGUUCAUUGUUUGCUUUUAAUUCCAAUCUCACUGUAUAAUUUACCUCUCAAUUUGUGAUACGCAAAAUAAAUGAGCUGGUUUCAAACUGGUGAACUAA